AUGAGUAAAACCGAACAAACUGGUUCAGAUUUUGCUCCAAAAUUCUUUACCGCAGAGGAAGGAAAAAAUUGGAAUAGUUUACUUAUCCGCCUCCGUUCUUUUGAAGAGGUAGUUUGCAAAACAAUACGCCGUAUUGAAGGAACAAUUACGAAUAUACAAACGGAAAAACCCGAUUUUCCUCAAAUAAACUUUGUUCUUGAAGGAAAAUUCGAGACGUUAAAUGAUAAAAUUAAAAUUGUAGAAAAUUUUAUUAAGGAUGCGACACUUGAUUUAGGAGUUGAAAUUGACCUAAAUAAAUUAAAAAUAGACGAAAUUGAAGAAAAAUUAAUAGAUAAAGGAGAAAAUUGUUAUGUACAUGCUCUUUUCCAAGGCAAAUGCACUGAACUGGAAAAAGAACAAAUUUUACAUUGUCAGCGUCUAAAUAUCAUUGAGGAAGGACUAGAACUCGCUGAACAAGAUAAUUUUGAUUUAGGAGCUAAAUUUCGAGAAUUAUCAGACAAAUUGGAAAGUCUAGAAUUUAAAGUUGAAGUUUUGGAAAAUGAGUCUGAAGGAUCUGGAUUUAUAUGGAAUGGCCAUGGGGGUGAGAAAUCUAAUGAAAAUAAAUCCAAUAUCGAUGGGAAUAAAGAAAGAAACCCCCAAGAAAAUGAAAAUAUUGAGGGAGACGAAAAUUGUGAAAUAAUGAUGGGAGACCCAUUCUUAAAUGGAUUAAGCUCACCUAUAGGAAUAUAUGACGGAAACCCCUGUAAUUCUUUUGCACGCUGGUCGCAGCGUUUCAACGACGCAAUAAAUCUUUUAUUAACCCCUCUAUCGGAAGCUCAAAAACUAAACCGCCUGAAAGUAUGUUUAGGAGGACGCGCACGAGCUGAAUUAGACUCACAAAACCCACAACCGGAGACACUACAAGACGCGUUAAAUUUUUUACAAGAGAGAUUUGUAAAUGGACAUUCGCGUACGGUAGCUCGACAAGCACUUUCUAUAGUUAAACAAGCGCCAGGCGAAAGAGUUUUCGCUUUUGCACAACGCUUAAAUGAUGCGGUACGUGCAGUAAUGAUAGGAUAUGAGGAAAAUAUGAUCCAACAGCGUUUAUUGGAUGAAUUUUUGGAUCGCCUUGUCCCUGAAUUACAAUUUGAAGUCAAGGCUUCAAGACCUGAAGAUUAUACCAGAGCAUUUGAAACAGCAGAGCAUUUUGAACUAUUACUAACAGAAAGACGUCCACACUUACAAAAUAAUCAAUUUGUUGAUUUAGCGGAGAAGGUUGAAGCUCUAGUGAUACAAAAUGAAAAUGAUAAACUAAGGAAAAUUUGCUAUCAUUGCCGAAAGCCUGGUCACAUAAUGGCUAAUUGUAGAAAUCGGAGUUACCAACAACCAAAUCAACCGCAAUUUAAUAAUUAUAAUUCAAAUCAUACCCGCAGAAAUAACCAAAACUAUAACAAUCGCGGAGAUUAUAACCAAAAUUUUUACAAAAACGGAAAUUAUCAAAAUAACUAUAGGAACCAAAAUAAUAACAGAAAUGGAAACUGGAAUAAUCGAAAUUCCCAAAAUAAUCAAAACAAAUACAAUGAAAGAGGAAAUUUCAGAAAUAGACAAAGCCACUCUCCAAAAAGAAGAGUGAGAUUUAGUGAAAACAGGGUAGCAAGUCCUAUUACAUCUAGCCCAAGGAUGUUAAGCCCGUACUUUUUGGCAAUAUUAGCGCUACUUGCUCUUGUUUGCCCAAGUAUAGCCAGCCAUGGACCGCAUAGCCCAAUGAUUUGUCUUGCAGAAUCCCCGAGUAGCUUGUGGAAACUUCCGGAGGAACCUAUCUGCCCGCAUUGGAGAACCACAGAACCGCCUAUAGAAAUGCCAUUAUCGGUUUAUCGUGCAAACACUUUAGAAUACAAAACGGCCACAACUGUCUGUCGAUGUGUUAAAACAAUUAUAAAUCGUAGAAUGGGACUUUUUGGUUCUAAAUAUGAAAAAAUUGAUACGGAAAACAUAGAAAUCCCAACAUCGACCUGUCAUAGGAUGCAUAAACUUUAUCACUCGCCAGCAGGUGAAAUGUUUGGAAAUAACACAUUUAAGGCUACGAAUAAUUCCCUGGACAGUGAAUGGCGACCUUGGCCUAUUAGCAUAAUUUGGUAUACAGAAGAAGUCACAAACUGCUAUGCUUUUGACUCAGUUAUUUUUACACGCUAUGGAAUGAGCGGUAUAUCAACGCCUCUAGGUAGUUGCCCUGGUUGUCUUUAUAAGGCUGGAUCCUGUCGGUGUACACAAGGAAGCCUUAUUUGGGAACCAGAGAAAUCCCAACAAUGCUCUUUUAUAUUCGUAACUCGAUGGGAAGGCGAAUAUUCAACUAAAAUUUGGAUUACAAAAAGCAGUGAAUUUGCUCUAAGUUUUGAAAAUGCCACAAUAAAAACUGAUUGUGAGGGAACACAAUUUACUGUUUCUGAUCAAGGUUUUGCUGUACCCGUAAAUGAAUAUAAUGAAAUGAUUAUGAAGAGUGAAAGAGCGCAGAACGAAAUAAAAAGAAGUAAAAGAGAAAUAGGAAUUGUUUACUCCCAACAAUUAGCCGCGCAAUUAACAGCGCUUAGUGCUAAAAUUACGUUUAAUACUCAACGCCUUUUUGCAGAAGCCACACACCAAAUAUGCACGAGUUUACAGUCUAUAGUGGACCAAACCUUAAGUUUGGCAAUUGCUAACCCCACAUUACUAGCAAGACAUUUUAUGAAAAAUAAAUUAAUAACUGCUAGACUGACAUACAUUAUAAUUGGAAAACUGGUCACUGUUUUAACAAAAUACCAAUCAGUUUUAAGCUCUUUGAGGUCCAAAAACAUGGAUUUUUGGACACAAAUACUUUGA